UGAAGAUCUAGGUCAGGACCCAGAGUAUGCAGAUCGUCUGGAGUAUCAUGGAGAUAAGAAGAAAGACUGCACCCUGAAAAUCACAGACCUGAGAGAGAGAGACUCAGCUACGUACAAGUUCAGAUUUAUAACAGAUCAGACAAGAGGGAGAUAUUUUGGCAAACCUGGAGUCACUCUGUCUGUCACAGGUCUUCAGGUGAAGGUGACUGGUGGACAUCAGGAUAAGACACUGACCUGUAGCACCACCUGUACUCUGACUGACAACCCCACCUACAUCUGGUACAAGAACGGACACAAAGUAAAGGAGGACACUUCCAGCCUGUACUCAGACUCCUUUAGUGAUGCAGACAGCUACUCCUGUGCUGUAAAAGGCCAUGCGGAUCUCCUCUCUCCUGCAGUGUGUCAGAAGUGUUGGAGUGUGACUUACACCCAUCAGAGUAUCUGUGUCUUGAAGGGGUCAACAGUGGACAUAUCCUGCUCUUACACAUAUCCCAGUUAUCAUGAGAUCAAAAAAGCUUUCUGGUUUACUAAAUGGUCUGGUAUGAAGGCUGAAGAUCUGAGCUCAGUGCCAGGGUAUGAGGGUCAUAUAGAGUACCUUGGGGAUAGUUUGGUAUAUUAACAUUGUAGUGACAGAUAUUGGCUCCACAUGAUACUUCAAUAGAGAAUCUUCAAUAAGAGGAUGGAUCUAAAAGUCAUUGUGUGGAAAAGUACAUUUGUGGAAAGUUUGUAAUAUUUUUACCUGAUUUAAUUUGUACUAUUUUUAAAUCCACUGUCUUUUACACCAGAUGGACCAAGGAACACCUCAGUGUCAGUCAGUCCCUCUGGUGAAAUAGUGGAGGGCAGUUCAGUGACUCUGACCUGCAGCAGUGAUGCCAACCCACCUGUGAACAAAUACACCUGGUACUUUCAAAAUGAGACUUUUCUAAAUGGAUGUGGACAGAUGUACAACAUAAGUAACUUCAAGUCUAAGGACAGUGGACAUUACCACUGUGAGGCCUGGAAUAGAAGAGGAUCUAGGAACUCUACAGCUCUGAUGAUCAUUUUACCAGGUAAACAAACAGUUCUGACUGCAGCUGUAGGAAUCAUAGUGGUUGUUCUGGUUCUCAUCCUCUGUCUCUCUGGCUUCAUGUGGUUCAGGAAGAAGGCCUCCAGAUCCCCCUCUGACACAAGAGACACAUCAGAAAAUGAACAGAGAGACUCUAGUCCAGUGUACGACAACAUCUCAGGCAUGGCCAUGAACCCUACUGCAGCACAGACAUCAGCCACAGAUGACCAGGAUGGUGUUCACUACGCCAGCGUCCACUUUUCUCGCUCCAGAUACCAGGAAGUGCCUCUGUACUCCACCGUCCAGCUGCCUCAACCACAGAUACAAGACGAAGAUGUCCAAUACGCUGCUGUGAAAUUCAACCUCCCCGGUGCUGCCACCCAACCCGUGGCUGCACAAGCAGCUGAGAAGGACCCCGCUGAGAUCUACAGUAGAAUCAACAAACCCAGAACUAAGAAGACCUGAACACAACAAAUUCAGAACCAAGAAGACCUGAACACAACAAACUCAGAACCAAGAAGACCUGAACACAACAAACCCAGAACCAAGAACACCUGAACACAACAAACCCAGAACCAAGAAGACCUGAACUCAACAAACCCAGAACCAAGAAGACCUGAACUCAACAAACCCAGAAUCAAGAAGACCUGAACUCAACAAACACAGAAUCAAGAAGACCUGAUCACAACAAACCCAGAACCAAGAAGACCUGACCACAACAAACCCAGAACCAAGAAGACCUGAACACAACAAACCCAGAACCAAGAAGACCUGAACUCAACAAACCCAAAACCAAGAAGACCUGAACACAACAAACCCAGAACCAAGAAGACCUGACCACAACAAACCCAGAACCAAGAAGACCUGAACACAACAAACCCAGAAUCAAGAAGACCUGAAAACAAAAAGUUUAACAAAAACCUUGUACUCUAUAUAUACGAAAGUGGACACCCCUUCAAAUUAGUGGAUUAGGCUAUUUCAGCCACACCCGUUGCUGACAGGUGUAUAAAAUCGAGCACACAGCCAUUCAAUCUCCAUAAACAAACAUUGGCAGUAGAAUGGCCUUAAUGAAGAGCUCAGUGACUUUCAACGUAACACCAUCAAAGGAUGCCUCCUUUUCAACAAGUCAGUUUGUAAAAUUUCUGCCCUGCUGGAGCUGCCCCGGUCGACUGUAGGUGCUGUUAUUGUGAAGUGGAAACAUCUGAGAGCAACAACUGCUCAGCCGCAAAGUGGUAGGCCACACAGCCGCAAAGUGGUAGGCCACACAGCCGCAAAGUGGUUGCGCAUA